GCUUGCUGGAGUCACCUACACACAGCAAGCAGAAAGGUCCCUGUCCCCAGCCUGCUGGAAAGCAGACCUGCCACCUCCCCGGCUCUCUGGCUGGAGAGGAGCAGUGAGAAACCAGCAAAGCCAGGAUCAGAUUGCAGCAGGCUCCUCCUCCAGUGACUACAGAGAGGGAAGGAAAGGCGGAGAGCUGGAAACCAGCAACUCCAGGCUGCCUACCUGCACCUUGCCAGCCGGGCUGGGGACCGCGCUGGGGGCGAGCAUCUUCUCCACCCGCAUCCCAUGGGAUGUGCGGGGUCCCUGGGUGCUCCCUGCUAUCCUGGGUGCAUCUUCCCAUCGCUGCCUGCUUCCAGCCCGGCAUGGAGAGCCUGAGCACCAGCCUGAAGAAGAAAGCUACAGAGCAGCACUACAGGGCGGAGGUGAUGAUUGCUGGAGAGCAGCUGAGGCUUCGCCUCCACGAUGGGAAGCUCAUUAAAGACAGACGUUACCACCUCCGAACGUACCCAAACUGCUUCGUAGCGAAGGAGCUCACAGACUGGCUGAUCGACCACAAAGAAGCACCGGACCGAGAGACGGGCAUCCGCCUCAUGCAGAAGCUAAUGGACCAUUACAUUAUCCAUCAUGUCUGCGACGAGCACUCGGACUACAAGGAUGCCAAGCUGCUGUAUCGCUUCCGCAAGGAUGACGGGACCUUCCCCCUCAGUAAGGACGUGAAGGUGUUCAUGAGAGGGCAGAGUCUUUAUGAGAAGCUGGUGAGCGUGGAAGGGUCAAUUCUGAAGGUGAGAGAGGAGAACUCGGUGAAGUACCAGAGGACUUUCCUGGGCUGCGAGAUGAUCGACUGGCUCGUUCAGGAGGGAGAAGUGGAGAACCGAAAGGAAGCGGUGGAGCUGGGACGGGCGCUGCUGGAACAUGGGAUCAUUCAGCAUGUCUCCAAUAGGCAUCACUUCUUUGACAGUGACAUCCUCUACCAAUUCUGGAUCAACUUUCGACGGAGGCGGCGUCUUACAGAGUUACUCAACGAGAACUCUUCUCGUACCCUCUCCGAGAGCCCAGACAGCCCCUUCUGUCUUCGCAAGCUCAACCCGGACCCAGGCAACACCAGCUUUCUCUCUGUCCAGACCAACAAGGAGAUCAAAAUUGUCUCAGCGGUUCGAAGGAGCAGCAUCACCUCCCUCGCUGGAAACUCCAACCCCUACUUCAGCACUACUCCUACGUUGGUAUUCCCUCCUGUGGCUGAGUGCAACCCCAAAUCAGUGUUAAAGAGACCCGUCACCAAUGAAGAGCUCCUGUCCCCUGGGGCUCCCUACGUCAAGAAAACGCUAACUAUCGUGGGGGAUGCGGUGGGCUGGGGGUUUGUGGUCCGAGGAGGAAGACCUUGCCACAUCCAGGCAGUGGACCCAGGAGGACCCGCUGCCGCCGCGGGGAUGAAGGUGUGCCAGUUCGUUUUCUCAGUGAAUGGCAUGUACGUUUUGCAUCUGGACUAUCAGACCAUCAGCAGCCUCAUCAUGACGGGACCACGAACUCUGGUGAUGGAAGUCAUGGAAGCCGUUGAAUAAGUGAAGGAGCCUCAUCCCACCGCUGUUUGGAAAGGCAGGACGCUCCCCUAAGCAAGGAUGGACUGUGGGGAGGGACCAAGCUUGACCAUUCACUGUGAAAUGUUAGCCAGGCAUUUUAAUACAUUUUCAAAUAAAUACAUUCUAAUGGACAAGUCUCGGAUUUUGAUGUUGUUGAACUAUUUGGCUCUACCUAUGUUGACAGGGUCUAAGCUCUUGCAGCUCCUUUUUAAUGCCAGUGGGAGAGUUCAGCACAUCGUGAAACCAAACCUUAGAACAAGCCAUUCGCCCAGCUGAGCUGCAAGGCAAGUGGUACAAGCUGGGAAGCAGUAAGAAGUUUGAUACCAAGCAAGUGAGUACCUCUGAGCUCCCCUGAGUUGUCUGUGCAGUCUACUGAACACAGUGUGCUUUCCAGAUGGCCCGAUAAGCUGUGCCAUUGACUCUGUCAAGAAAAUAAGGAAAUGAAUACCGUGAUGUAUGCUUCCUUUUAAAGAAAGUCUAAGGCUCCUGCUACUCUCUUGGCUUAGCCAUGCUCACAGCCAGGGCUGGUUGCUCUUCCCAGCCAUUUCUUGAAAAGGUGAGAUGUCCAUGAUUUGUGCUUUUUGAGCUCCCACCCCCAAAUAAUGCUUAAAUU